AGUGCACCUCAAAAGUUCGUUGAAGCACAGGCCAACACAGUUCCUGUGCCGUUUCGUGAAUAUCCUGUGAGCACUUUACCCUCGGUAGUUGGCAAAACUGUUCUUUCAAGGAGUGUGGCUUUUCGAAUCUGAUAAUGUCCGAUAGAUAUAGGCCGCCUUCGGGCCCAAAAGGUCCACGAGGAGCACCCCCUCCACUGUCUAGAAAUACCUGGGGAGGGCCAGGGUCUAGGCCUCAUCAUCGUGCAACACCCGGGCCUCCACGGUACAGAGAAAGGGAUCAUUAUCGGCCUUAUGGAGGGGAAAGAUAUACAUCAAGCAGCCAAGGAGGCGGCACUUCCCGUGAUAUGGAGAGGCCAAGUGGACCUUCCGGUUAUAGGGAUGGCCCUAUCAAUAGUCAAAAACGGUCAUAUCCCGAAGCCAGGCAAGGAAGAGCCACAGACGGGCCGAACAAAAGAAGAGAGUUUGUCUCCAGGGACAUGAACAGCGGCCCCCGCUCAGAAGCACUAGAACCUGUUCCGAAAAGAGCAGAUCCGAAUCUAGCUGAACCUCCCCGCGGGCCACGAGUAGUUCACGCGUUCGAAAAAAAGACUAGGGAUAGACCUCCUGUCAAUGGACCGGUUCCAGGCCCCGGCCCCAGAAAACAUAGGCUUAGGCCAAACCAGAUCUAUCUGGUUUACAGCGUUAGAACCUCUGAUCUAUACAAACGAGUCCAGCAGGUCGGCGAGGGAACAUAUGGCAAAGUCUACAAAGCUCGAAAUGAAGUAACUGGAGAAAGCGUGGCUAUCAAGAAGCUCAGGCUUGAAACCGAAAGAGAGGGUUUCCCCAUUACUGCCAUGAGGGAAAUCAAAUUGUUGCAGAGUUUCGACCACCCGAAUAUCGUCGGGCUAUUGGAAAUGAUGGUCGAGUACAACCAAAUAACAAUGAUCUUUGACUACUUGAACCACGAUCUCACAGGCCUCUUGACACUCCCUGAUUUGCAGCUAACGGAAGGUCACCGUAAAAUGAUAUUCAAGCAGCUUAUGACGGGGCUUGAUUACCUCCACAAAAUGCGUGUAAUUCACCGUGAUAUCAAAGGCUCUAACAUCUUGCUUAAUUCUCAAGGUAUACUCAAAAUUGCGGACUUUGGAUUGGCUCGAAAUAUGAAAGUUUUGAGAGAUGGAGAUAGCCCUGAUUAUACAAACAGAGUCAUUACUAUAUGGUAUAGACCACCCGAGUUGCUAAUGGGAUCAACAGACUAUGGCCGAGAAGUUGAUAUCUGGGGAGUUGGCUGUCUUUUGAUCGAGUUGUAUACCAAAGCGGCCAUUUUUCAAGGUGCCGAAGAGAUCUCCCAGCUUUACAAAAUUUAUGAAGUAAUGGGCACCCCUACCGCAGAAAGUUGGCCUGGCAUUGAGAACUUACCAUGGUUCGAGAUGUUGAAGCCGCGGAUCAAGCGUACCUCAAGAUUCGAAAAGGACUUUAAGAAUCUAAUGACCGACGAUGGUUUUGACCUCGCCCAAAAGUUGCUCCUGCUUGAUCCAGGAAGAAGGAUCACUGCUGAGAAAGCGCUCAUGCAUCCUUACUUCCAGAGUGAUCCUCAACCAGAGGAAUUGAAAUUCAUGGAGAGUAUAGUCGGUGAAUGGCACGAGUUUGAAACAAAAAAGAGAAGAAGAGAUGAAAGAAAAAGACAACUGGAGCUAAAGCACACGAAAAAAAUAGAAAGCUCAGUUCCUCCGAGUCUUGGAAAGUCAACUCAAUUGGAUUCCCCGUCAAUAACGACGCGUUCAGUGUCUGCAACUCCCUUUGAGAAAGCCGUGAAUGUCUCAGAAGACUCCCCUCAGCAAACACAAGAUGCAAAUCUUGAGGUCGUAAACACUGAAAAUGAGGCUGUACAGACAUCCCAAACUAUGCCAACCCAAGACGACGUAGAUGUUACGCGGUCGGAGGGUUCGACAGCAACCGAGGAAAAAACCAUAGAGAGACAAGAACCUGAAGUUGAGAUGGAGAAGGCCAAUGACCCGGAACUGAUGGAGCCGAAUGUCAUCGAUAACAAAGGUGUGGGCGGGGAGGCAAAAUGAUGCAGUCGUAUACUUUAUUUCAAUUUAAAGCUAGAGAUUAUGCGACGGGAAUUAACUAGUUUCGUUUUCAUGUCCCCUACUCAAAUCCAACAUUAGCUACGACAUAACAAGAAUGAAAAAAAAAAAAUAAAGAACGCCUAUUCUACGCUUUAAGUCUAAGUUUAUCAUAGGGCGUACUCACCAAAGUAUCCAGCACGCGAGGAAUAGCAAAACAAAAGGUCAUUAUAUAAAUAAUGGACACUCAUACAAGUAUGUACAUACUGCAGAAUUGGAGGAAAUGGAUAAAGAUUUACUGCAGUAUACACCGACUUCACACCUAUAGUACGAUGUCAAUUCAAAUACCUAGUCAUGACUUGCCCCGCUCGAUGCGCGGACCUUCUGCAUCACUAUUCGAAAGAUGCCAAGCCC